UACCUAGCCACUCGGCUGCCAGUACGUCGCGUGCCGACUCCACGAACGGACGUGUCGCGCGUCCCCUAAAAUUAAUAUCUCCGACCACCGAGGCAAACAGGAUACUCCGCCUUCGGAAUAGUGAUGAGAACAAACAAUAGUUACGUUCUCACAAAAAAGGACAACUAAAUAGUGCCGUCUAUAACCUACUAAUUGUUGUGAAUUUACUAACCUUGAAAAUCGACUAAAAAUGGUUUAGUCACAGUUUUUUGUGUUUAUAAAUCGAACGACAUUAAUCGAGAUAAGUGAAUUGAUUGAAAUAGAGAUGGGAUUCGUGUAAUCGAUUGGACUAUUCAGUUUUAAAGUGUGGGAAGUGCGAGUUAAAAAUGACGAUGUUGGCGGUGAAGAAUUUUUUCAUGCCUGAAAAGAGAGUGGACUCUCCGAGGUUUUCGAGGAUGCCCGAGGCAUUAAUGAGGUCUAUCAGACGACGCUCUUUGAGGGUGAAGAGGACAAAGUCGUUGGUACUGGUCAAUGAAAAGAGGAAAUCCGAUUCAUUCGUAAAUAGUCAAGAAUGGACCGCGUCACGAGGUGUAACAGAACUUCGCGUUGGAGUUUUGGGUUCACCGGACAGUGGGAAAUCGGCUCUAGUCCAUCGGUACUUAACUGGGGCGUAUAUGCAAGAAGAAAGUCCAGAAGGUGGCCGCUUCAAGAAGGAGGUUAUAAUCGACGGCCACAGCUAUCUACUGCUAAUACGAGAUGAAGGCGGAUCGCCAGAAAUGCAGUUUACGGCUUGGGUGGAUGCCGUAAUCUUCGUGUUCAGCCUGGACAACGAGAUCAGCUAUAAUACGGUGUCGAACUACUUCAGUAAAAUGUCCCAUUAUAGGAAUUCCGCGGAGAUUCCGAUCAUAUUGGUCGGAACCCAAGAUGCCAUAAGUGAAAGUAGUCCACGCGUGGUAGACGACAACCGCGCUCGCAAGCUAUCGAAUGAACUGCGAAGAUGUUCUUACUACGAGACUUGUGCUACGUACGGCCUGAACGUGGAAAGAGUCUUCCAAGACGCGUGUCAGAAGAUUGUGGGCACUAGGUUGUCGGCUUCCUCGCAAUGCUUGUCCGGGGGUUCCAGGCCUGUGACUCCACAGCCGUUAGUGAAUUCGCCAAGCCACAACCACUCAACAUUCCUUUACAAGGACUCGUUACCCCGCGGCCAUCACACUCUAUCAGCCUCAUCCCACCACUUACAUCGAGGCGCGCAAUCCUUCGACGCCUCUUCAAACAGUAGCGGAAUCUCUUCAACGCACGUCGUUGAAAUCCACAGCACGAAUGGCUCAGACACGUCGUCACGGUGGGGCAACUCCCUUGGCAGUCACGGGUCUUCAUCAGGCCUCGUUUCCAUAGCAACGGAGAAUAACAACGUCAAGUUCACUGCUCCUCAUUGUUUAGAUAACCUACAGCCCCCUAAAGAGUCCAAGGAUUUGCCGACUCCUUCAUCAACGCCCACGACGUCAAGAAAGUCUCGAAGGAGAUCGAAUCUCUUUACCCCCUCGAAAAAGGGGGAUGAUAGAUUGAAAAAUGGGGAGUUGGGGUCUGGUAGAGCGAUUCCUUUGAAGCAGGGGUAUUUGUACAAGAAGAGUAGUAAAGCUCUGAAUAAAGAGUGGAAGAAGAAAUAUGUGACGUUGUGCGAUGAUGGCAGGUUGACUUAUCAUCCUAGUUUACAUGACUACAUGGAAGACGUGAACGGCAAAGAGAUCUCCCUUCAGUACGUGACGGUGAAGGUCCCGGGACAGAAGCCUCGGGGCUCCAAGUCCAUCAUCACGACGGUACCCGGGUACAAUGGGUACAGCAGUCUCGAUAUACAUGAUAGCAUCGGUGGACUGUCUAUUGGUUACAAAGACAAGCCAACCCGUGCCACAGACAAAGCGCUAAUGUCAGCGUUUGACACAAUGAAGGAGCCCGCCACCAGCCGCCAAUCCCUCGCUUCAGAGCCCGAACUCGGAUCCACUAACGGACAGGACAAGGAUACGCCGCAUGUCAAGAAACGACAUCGACGCAUGAAGAGUAGUGGGGUUAAGAAGGAUGGGGAUGAAGACGGCGAAUACGCGACCUCCUGCGAGUUCACAAUAGUGAGCCUGGACGGCAAGCGCUGGCGCUGGGAGGUGUGCGGCGCGGCGGGCGGCGGCGCGGGCGCGGCGGGCGCGGCGGCUGCUGAGCGAGAUGCAUGGGUCGCCGCUGUUGAGGCGCAGAUAUUAGCGGCUCUGCAGGGACGGACGUCCCGCCAGCCCAUGCCGACCGGCGCCAACUCGACGGGCGACGUCCGCGCCACGCAAUACAUCCGCAGGGUACACGGCAACGACAAGUGCUGUGACUGUGGCGCUGCAGAUCCAGACUGGGCGAGCUUGAACCUAGGAAUACUGAUCUGCAUCGAGUGUUCGGGCAUACACAGGAACCUCGGCUCACAUAUAUCGCGGGUACGAUCGCUGGAUCUCGACGAGUGGCCAUUGAGCCACGUGAGUGUCAUGGUGUCAUUGGGUAAUGAGCUCGCGAAUUCAAUAUGGGAGGCUGACCUCAGGGGUCACGUCAAACCCAUGGCCACGUCUAGUCGAGAGGAGAAGGAGAGGUGGAUCCGCCUGAAGUACGAGCGUCGCGCGUUCCUGAGCAGCGAGCCCGUCGCCACCGGCACCGAGGCGCUGCGCACGUGCGGCGCGCGCGGCGGGGUGGCGGCACUCGCGCGAGCCCUGUCCGCGCCCGCGCGCGCCGCGCCCGCGCCGCACGACCGCGCGCUGGCGCUGCGCGCCGCCGCCGCCGCCGGGCACCUCGCCGCCGCGCAGCUGCUCAUAUGGCACAACGGCAACCCGAACUACCCGGACGCGGACGGGCACACGUGCGUGUUCUACGCCCGCGCCGCCGCCAACCACCUGUCCGGCAUCCCCACGCAGUACCCCAAGAACCUGCAGCUGUCCUGCCCCCUGCACCCCGCGCCCCCGCACUCCUCCGCCCCCAGCUCCAACACCAACUCCACCAGCUCCAACUCCAGCACCAAGAGCUCGCUCAAGAACCCCGAGCCUGAGUGCAACUGCAUCAUCUUCGAACUUCUCAACGCCCAAAGCGCAAGUAAGGCCCUCGUCGAGCUGCUCAUCGGGCUACAGAACAACCAGUACAUGAAUGGCUUCGAUCACAACGGUGCUAGCUUCGCACACAGUACACUGGGCCGACCAUCCCUAGGCCCCAAUCUCUCAUUAACGAACGGAAAAUGCGGCAGCGUAGUAUAAAACAGUUUUUCUAAUCUAAUUGUCGGUUUUGAAUUAAUGUUGAUAUUUGUGACUGAACGUUGUUACCGUUAAUGGUAUAUUUAUACUUAAUUCAAUCACGUGCCGCAGUUUGGUAAUGCGUGAAACAAGUUACGGUAGAAUAUUCUAAAAUUAUUUGUUGAUUAUUCAGUUGAGUUAUGCAAUAAAUAUGUUCAAAUAUUUAUUUUGUGAUAUGCCUUUUUAUUUCCAAAUUUGUUUUAUUACAAUUUUGAUAAAUAUGAGAGAGAUAGUUUUUGAAUAGCCAUGAAAGAGGCAUUUAAGUUUUCGUAGUUUUAACAAAAUUCUAAGUAUAUAAAUUAAUGUGUAUUUACGAAACUGCGGAACAAAUAUUUUGUAUAAUACAUGUAGUGUAUUAAUAUGUAAAACGUAUACAUAUUACGCACGACUGACGGUACAUUUGACGUAAUCUCUGAUUCUUACAUGAAAAAAAAAACACAUUUCGCGAAAUUUGUUAAAAUUCCGUGUCUGUCAAUUUAAAAAAGUUAAUUAAAUUAGACAAAUUGUUAGCGUAAUUGAAAUUGAAUUAUGUAAUUUUUGAAGUGUCAUGCUUAGUUAUUUUCACUAGGCAGAGAUACUUGUGGUUUGAGACACUUAUUAGGAUAAGACAAAAAUAUGCAGCUCUCGUGGAUCCACGGAAUAAAUAGAAU